AUGUCAACAAAAAAUAAUAUUAAAGUAGUAAAUAAAAAUAUUUCUGCAGAACGUUUAGGCUUACUUAGAGAAGAAUGUCAAAGAUUAGGGAAAAUGUUAGAAGAACAAAUUCAACAACAUUAUUAUAGAUGUGGAAUAAACAUUAAUUUCCAUCAACAACAAAAUAACUUAACAAAUAGAAAAGCUUUAGCAACAAUUUUGAAAAUCAGCAAGCCUCCUCAACUUCCAGAAAAAUUAAAAGAAAAAUCCCCUUCCCCUCUAAAAUAUUCCCCUCCUCCAAUUUAUCAGUUUAAAAGGAAAAAUAAUUUUUUAAAUCAAAGCCCUUCCCCCUCAAAAAUUUUUUAUAAUUUUAAUCAAUUUAUUUUUCCACCAAUACAAAGAUGGCACCCAACAGUUUGGCCGACAAAAAAGAAAAAUUCUCCUAAAAAUAAAUUAAGAAAUAAUUUAAUAAAUGAAGGGAAAGACAACGGUACUAAAACCCAUAUUGUUGAAUUUCCUGCUAAUGCUACAAUUCCAAAACCUUUUUGGUUCACUAAACGCCCUCCAAUCCCUUGUAUCUAUGCAGAACGUCACUUGCAUCAAAUGAUGGAAGAAAAGCGUCGGGAAGACCUCCAAUUCAAGUUGUAUCGUUUCCGGGCUCGUUCAGUUCCAAUAAGUACAUAUAGACAACCAAAGCUUGAUUGGAAGUCAAAAAAUCAGAGGUUUAGAACGCGCUCACUUCCCUCGAGAAGUUUAACUUCCGCAGCCUAUUCCUCUUCUGAUUUUGCUUUGAAUGAGAGGAAAGGUUUUGAACAAAUUUCUUUGGCUUUUUAA